UGCAGUAUCAAGUAUCAAUGUUAUAACAAACAAUAAUUGUUUAUCAAAAAGCAUAACAAAGCUAUAAGUGAGCAGAAAGAAAAACAUGUUGCAGCUCAAAAAGAUGUUUAACUAAAAUUGCAGCCUAGGCAUUCCAUAUACAUAUAUAUAACUAUACAUAUAUACUAUAUACAACAUUCAUAUAUGCAGCGUGAUGAAAUCUCGAUUAUUUUGGAUAAUUGCCAUAAUUUAUUCAGCGCUACAUCAGAUCAGCUGCGGCCAGAGCUCUACAACCUUAAAACGUCCACGAGCCGGCGAUCCUUUUGACACAUUUCCGAAAAACUUUUGGCAAGAGUUCUCGUCGCCGUUUACAGACACGCCAGAGGAUGAGGAACUGGAGGUUACCGAGACCACGACACACGAGCCGUUUCCCUUUUUUGCCGAUCCGUAUACGACAAUUAAUAUAAGCACGCAAUUAUCUGGAAAUGUUUAUCUCCACUGUCGCGUCAAUGAUUUGCAAGGCAAAACCGUUAGCUGGAUGCGACGCAAGGGGGAGGAUCUGACAUUGAUAACAUUUGGUCAGCAUACAUAUAGCGGUGAUUCUAGAUAUUCACUGGAGUUUGAGGAGCCCAACGAUUGGAAACUUUCAAUACAAUUUGCCAAUGAGCGGGACGAGGGCCCCUAUGAGUGCCAAGUGUCCUCACAUCCGCCACUUGUACUUCUAGUAUAUCUAACUAUAAUUGUUCCUCAUGUGGAAAUACUCGAUGAACGAGGCUCGGCAACACCGGAGAAAUAUUACAAGGCUGGCAGCACCAUCGAACUGCAAUGCGUCAUCUCAAAGAUUCCACAUCCGUCAUCAUAUAUCACCUGGCGUCAUGGUCUGCGUUUGCUCAACUACGAUACUAGUCGUGGUGGCAUUAGUGUUAAGACGGAUAUGCUGCCAGGAAGAGCUCUAAGUCGUCUAUAUAUAGCUAAUGCAAAUCGCCAGGAUACUGGUAACUAUACUUGUAUGCUAGGAAAUGAGAUAACGGAAACGGUUAUGGUGCAUGUUCUAAACGGUGAGGAACCGGCUGCCAUGCAACAUGCGAAUGGGACUCGAUUUAUAUCCAGUCCUCUAACUAUGGUUGUGUUUUUUAUAGUAUUCGCGAUAGCAAAACCACUUCAACGAUGACAAAAUCAAAAUUAAACAAAGCUAAGUCAAACUUCAAAAUAAAACUAAUUAAAUACAAAAGAAUAAAAGUAUUGUAAGAAAAAUGCAAAUGCCAAAAAAAAAAAGCAAAAAAAAAUCAGAACGUAAAUCUUGUCCAGGAUUGCAUUUUUCAACUUUUACUCUAAUCAUGGGUUGUUUAAAUUUAAAAACAGUACUUAGCAUUACAACAAAAUAUUGAAUGUAGAUUUAAGAGAAAUUAAGAGAGCAGAGCAACAAAAUUCGUAGUUAAGGGCGUACCUAAAAUAUACA